GCCAUCUUACUUCCUCAAAAAAAAAAAAAAAAAAAAAAAAAACUUCAGUCCCAAAGAAAAACAGAAUCAAUCCCCGGAUACAUGGGUGACCACAUCAAGGACAGUUAUGGAGCGUUAAACCAAGAGGCUACGACAAGCAAGCUAGACAUAGCUCUAGGGAACAGGAAACUGAAGUGAGGAGCUUCCUGUGACCAUAUCUUCUGCUGAUCCCCAACGAGACCCUUGACUCCUCACUGAGGAGACAUGGAGGACCAGGGGGAUGCUGGGAUUGGGGGUUUGUUGGUGCCCAGCCCACAGAGUGAGGCUGUAACCCAUGAGAUGGGCGAACUCUCCCUGCACCCCAGCCAGAGGCUGCCCCCCCUCAACGAGCGCAAAAAUGUUCUCCAGCUGAGGCUACAGCAGAGACGUACCCGCGAGCAGCUUGUUGAUCAGGGCAUCAUGCCACCCCUGAAGAGCCCUGCAGCGUUCCAUGAACAGAUCCGCAGCCUUGAGAGAGCGAGGACUGAAAAUUUCCUAAAGCACAAAAUACGCAGCCGCCCAGAAAGGGCCGAGUUGGUCCGCAUGCACAUCUUACAAGAAACGGUGGCAGAGCCUUCUCUGCAGGCCACUCAGCUGAAAUUGAAGAGAGCUCGAUUGGCUGAUGACCUGAAUGAGAAGAUCGCUCAACGCCCCGGCCCCAUGGAGCUGGUGGAGAAGAACAUCCUGCCUGUGGACUCCAGCGUGAAGGAGGCCAUCAUUGAUGGUCAGAUGCAGUACCCUAGAACUCUAGAGGAACUAGCCGAUGAGGACAGUGGAGAUGCAUUUUCACCUGAGCAGCCAGCCAGUCAGGAGUCCCAGGGUUCUGCACCCUCUCCUGGGGAGGUCCGGGCCAUCGAAGAGUCCUCACCUUUGCCUAAUAACUUGUUACAGCACUUUACUACAGUGACCACUUCAACAGAUUUCCUCAAGCCUUUUUCCACCAAUGAACAAUCAUUUAGCCCUCCAGCACCCAUGCCACAGCUAGUCACCGUGGCCCCUGUAAAGACUGGGCCCACCCUUGUAAAACAGAGUCAACCUAAGUUCCCUGGGGACAAGAGCCGCAGCAAGAAGAGUAAAGAGGCCAAGCCACGUGUGAAGAAGUUAAAAUAUCAUCAAUACAUUCCCCCAGACCAGAAACAAGAACCCAGCCAAGCCCCUAUGGACUCCUCAUAUGCUCGUUUACUACAACAACAGCAGCUAUUUUUGCAGCUACAGAUCCUGAGCCAACAGCAACAGCAGCACUACAACUACCAGACCAUCCUUCCUGCACCUCUCAAGCCUGUGAUAGAAGGCCAAAACAGCAGUGCCACAGUGGCUAUCAACAGCACCAGCAGCCUUCCUGCCUCUAUUGUGGUGUCUCUGCCCACAGCAACACCUGUGAGGCCCAAUAGCACCCUUUCCAACCGCAAAGCAGGCACACUACCUGCCAACCUGGAGGAGAUGAAGGUGGCAGAGCUGAAAAUGGAGUUAAAGUUACGUGGUCUUCCAGUGUCAGGAACAAAAACAGACCUUAUUGAACGACUUAAGCCUUUCCAAGAAAACAAUGCCUCUACUGCACACAACAACUCUACAGGACCUAGCACACAGCCCUGUAGCACACCAAUGGAGGUGUCCAACACCACUACAACCCUAUCCCCUGUCCAACAGCCCUCUGAAAUUCUGAGCUCCACUCCACCUGUGUCUCCUGGUUCUUUAGAGCUUCACAGCAAAGAGGACACAUCCAUGGAGGCACAGGCUGAGGGCCAAAACCGCAGUUUAGUAAAGGCAGCUCCUGUUCCUGAGGAGCAGGACCGGAGACUCCACGAAAAGGAGCGACAGAUCGAAGAACUGCUGCGUAAACUGGAGCAGGAGCAGAAGCUGGUGGAGGAACUAAAGAUGCAGCUAGAAGUAGAGAAAAGAAGCGGACAGGUCGUUCCACCUGCAGAAAAUAACAUUUCUAGUCCAGCCACCAUGUUGGCGCCUGUCAAAACAGAAAACACUGUCCCUCCUAACUGUAAACUGAGUUCACACACUACACCAACACUGGUGAAGCUUGAGGAGGCCCAUCCCAACCAGGUGACAGCUACUUCUCUCCGUCAGUUCAUUAUCAGCCACCAAGGAUUACCACAGGUCAUAGGGCAGCCCCAGACUCUUCUAACCACUUCGCAUGGGGGCACUCAGAUCCUUCUUCCAGUGCCCCUGGCAAAUAAUACCACUACCAUCCAGCUGCCCAACACUAAUGUCAAACUACAGCCGGUUUUGCAGGCUGUCACUCCAUCAGGGCCAGGUCUAAUUCAGACCCCCCAAAUACAGCCCACCAAAGCAGAGAGUCCUACAUCACAACAGCUGCUCAGUCACAACCACUUAGUACAGACCCUGUCCGUGGGCACCACCGAGAGGUCAAGUUUCCAACACGGUACCAUUGAGAACCCAGCAGGCCUGGAGAUACCUCAGUGUUUCCUCAGCAGCUCCCCAGAUAACAGGAUCUCACCUCAGACGUCCCCCGUCCCAUCAUCCCUUAUCAAUGGGCCACUAAACAAGACCUCCUUCAUCCAGCAGUCUCCAGUUUUCAACCAGACACCUAAGAGCAGAGAGCCGCCCCGCUAUGAGGAGGCCGUCAAACAGACCCGCAGCCUACAGAAUGUUGCCGUCUCAGAGAUUCCAACAGCAACGAGUCAACAGAUGGAUGAUCUCUUUGACAUUUUAAUAGAAAGUGGAGAGAUCACUCCCUUUAGUCAACAGGACCCAUCUGUGCCUAAGAUGAUGCCUGUUACGGCCAGCAUCACCACCCUGCCUGUCAACACCGCCCUGUCCCGACCACCAGCCCAGGUGCAGAUGGCACCCCCGCCGGCGCUCAUGGCGGAGCCCAUGCCCAGCCUGGCCUCCCUGGACUCCGACAACCAGCUGGAGGCUCUGCUGGAGGGCACCCUGGUUGGGGACACAGAGCCGGAGCAGAGGACUUUGGGCCUGCUGGAGGAGCUGCAGAACCAGAUACUGGAGCAGCCAAACUCCCCAAUGGACACGUCCGAGUUGGGUUUCAACGACCCGCCUGCGACUUCCUCCUCGGCCCUGUCCUUCAGUCUUCAAGACACUGGCCUGGACAACAUGGAGUGGCUGGACCUCACUAUGCCUGGGCCCAUUGGCGGACUCAAUCCAUUGGGCAUCACCUCUGAAUUCCUGGACACUCAUGACCUGCAGCUGCACUGGGACUGAGAGGAAUCGCUUCAAACUCGGUUAUACUUUCACUCGCACAACAAGCCGUCUGGCGUAUAGUAGGGGAAGUAGGGAUCGUUUGUGUGGCGGCGGUUCACGUUUGGCAGCUUUAUGUGACUAGACUCCAGCUCAGCUGUACACUUCACUUACGCUGGUUCUAAUCACCAUCUGUUCUCGUUCACAUUAUUGCUCUUGUUUGAUCAGAAUAGACACAAGAGCCUUGUGGGUAAUGCUGGCUAGGUCCUGAAUGUGCUCUCUUUGCUGUGCCAUUCUGAGAGGGAGCUGCUUUUGGGCAGAUUGAAUUCUGCUGUAUUGCUAUUUUGGGUUUUUCAUUCAUGUGCCAUUGGUUGCAGUCAGUCUCUAAAUAUCCUCGCAGCUCAUUUUAAGGAAUGGUAAGCUGUCAGUUCCAGAUGAUGUGGCAUCUCAGUGGAGUUCACUUUGUUUGCACAAAAUUGAAAGUUGAGCCUUGAGCAGUGACACUAUUAGUGUAAUCAGUGUCUGUGUGGAGGAUGAUAAUGUCAGAUUCAACCUAAAAGUCAAAUUACAUUUCUCAGAAUCCUUUUUUCCAGCGCGGACUGCAGCAGCAGCCCAGUGUCUGCAGGAUUCAGUGGCAAAUACACUACUGUUUAAAAGUUUGGGGUCAGGAUUUUUUUUUAUUUAAAGAAAGAAAUAGUGUUAUUCAGCAAAGAUCCAUUUAAAAAUCAAUCAGAAGUGACUUUAAAAAGUUUAUAAUGUUAAAAAAUGUAAAUCUUCCUAUUCAGUUUCCACAAAAAUAUUAAGCAGCAUAUUUUUGAAAGAUCAUGUGACACUGAUGACUGAUAGCUGCUGAAAAUUCAGGUUUGUCAUCACAGGAAUAAAUUACAUUUUAAACUACACUACCGGUCAAAAGUUCUUGAACUAGAUUUUUAAUGUUUUUUUUAAAGAAGUCUCCUGCUCAUCAAGCCUGCAUUUAUUUGGUCCUAAAUACAGCAAAAGCUGUAAUAUUGUGAAAUACUUUUACCAUUUAAAAUAGCUGAUUUCUAUUUGAAUAUAUUUUAAAAUGUAAUUUUUUUUCUGUGAUUUUAAAGCUACAUUUUCAGCAUCGUUACUCCAGUCUUCAGUGUCACAUGAUCCUUCAGAAAUCAUUCAUCUAAUAUGCUGAUUUGCUGCUCAAGAAACAUUUUUUUAUUAUUGUUAACAAUAUUUAAAACUGUAGAGUAUAUUUCUUUAUAGAAAUUAAUACUUUUAUUUAGCAAGGAUGCUUUAAAUUAAUCAAAAGUGAGGAUAAAUUUUUUGUAAUGUUACAGAAAUUGAUAUUUCAGAUAAAUGUUGUCUAUUCAUCAAAGAAACCUGAGAAAAUUCUACUCAGCUGUUGUCAACAUAAUAAUAAUAAUAAUAAUAGUACAUUUUUUGAGCAGCAAAUCAGAUUAUUAGAAUGAUUUCUGAAAGAUCAUGUGACUGGAGUAAUGAUGCUAUAAAUCCAGCUUUGAAAUCACAGAAAUAAGUUACAUUUUAAAAUACAUUUAAAUAGAAAGCAUUUAUUUUAAAUAGUAAAAAUAUUUCGAAAAAUGACUAUUUUUCCUGUACUUUUAAUCAAAUAAAUGCAGGCUUGGUGAGCAGGAGAGACUUUUUAAAAACAUGUAAAAUCUUACUGUUCAAAAACUUUUGACUGGUAGUGUAUAUUAAAAAUGGAAAAGAGUUAUAUUGUAAAAAUAUUUCACAGUUUUACUGUUUUUUGCUCAAAUGCAGCCUAGUGAGCAUUCAUAUUUUUUCAAAAACAAAAAAAUCUUACCAAACCUAAACUUUUAAAUGGUAGCAUAGUUUGUUGGAAGAGAUCUAUUUAACAUGUCACUUGUCAACUUUUUAGCAAAUCUGCCUUUUUAUGAUACUGCUGACUUGAGGAAUUGAUUUAUGUUUAUAAAGUGGCUACAAUUACAUAUUUUCUGUAAACAUAAACGCCAAUCUUGGAUGAGGUUGCAGGGUUUGGUUUGAUUUGAAUCUGAGAAUAGCAGACAUAUUUUUUUAGUCCUGGACACGUGGAAAUUUUGUCUCAGUUUGUCAUAAAUCAGCUUUCAAUUUCAGCUAAUAACAUUCGACUACCCUGCGAUAGUCCACUCUACCUUUGUGAAAUGGUCUGAAAUUAAUGUAAGUUUAUGUAAAUAAUCUGAGAACAAAUAUUUGUAUAAAAAACAGCAAAGAAAAAAAAGCAAAGAAGAACUAUUUUGUCUGACUUGUUGGAUGUCCGACCCCUUGUCUGUGUGUGUGUGGAUUGUGAAUCAGUGUGUCUGUGUGUGUUGGUGCGUCACUGUUGUGAAUGUUGUCUUCUAGGUGCAUCAUACUAUAAGGAAGUUCUGUUUUUCCCCCCCAAUGUUUUCUCAGUUGCUAUAUUUUAAGUUGACUUAUUUGCGUAUUUUGAUGCCAUGAAAACAAAACUCCAUCAGAGAUGCUGCUUUCACAAACAGAUUAUGUAAAUGAAGCCAUUAGAAGUGAUGGCAAUGACGGCUAUAUAUAAUGUAUGAAAACAGGGCAUCUUUGUACUGUUUGUUCCACCUGUACAUGGAGUUUUGAAAAUGCAGAGCGAACCGGACAGUUGAAGUGAUAAUUUAUGACAUUACUGCAUGUUAAAUUUCACUGGCAGCUUAAACAUUUGUUGAGGGAAUCAGAGAACAAAAUUGAUGUAUUCAGAUUUGUCUGCUUUUGGCCUGUUUUAUCAGGCUCCUAUGCUAAAUAUUUGUGUGUGUGCAUGUGUUCGUAUGGCUGAGCGUCUCUGUCUUUUACUGGCUUUUAUGUUCAAGUUGUACUGUUGAAAAUUGCUACAGACCAUCCAAAUGAGUAUCUGUGUAAAUGAACAACAUUAUAUAUAUUUGCAAAUAUCUUGGCAGCAUGUGAAUAAUCAAAUUGAUGUGAUAUCUUACAGAGAAACAUCCUCUUGAUGUUCUUCCUUCUGUUUAGCCCUUUCUGAUUUUAGCUGUGCUUUUCUUUCAUGAUUUAAUGUUGUCAGCCACCUCAUGGAUUGUUUUUGUGUAUAUACACACUCCUGGUCAAAAGUUUUUGAACUGUAAGAUUUUUUUUUUUUUUUUAGAAGUCUCUUCUGCUCAACAAGCCUGCGCUUAUUUGAGCCAAAAUACAGUAAAAGCAGCAAUAUUGUGAAAUAUUUUUACUAUUUAAAAUAACCGUUUUCUAUUUGAAUAUGUUUUAAAAUGUAAUUUAUUCCUGUGCUCAAAGCUACAUUUUCAGCAUCAUUACUCCAGUCUUCAGUGUCACACGAUCCUUCAGAAAUCAUUCUAAUAUGCUGAUUUGCUGUUCAGAAAACAUUUUUAUUAUUAUUAUUAUUAUUAUAAUCAAUAUUUAAAACUGCAGAGUACCUUUUGUAAGGAUUCUUUGAUGAAUAGAAAGAUCCAAAGAUCAGCGUUUAUUUGAAAUAAAAAGCUUUUGUAACAUUACACACGAUACCAUUGAAAAGCUUGAAUUUCAGAUGAAUGCUUUUCUUCUUUCUAUCAAUCAAAGAAACCUGAAAAAUUCAACUCAGAUGUUUUCACAUGUUUUUUAAGCAGCAAAUCAGAAUAUUAAAAUGAUUUCUUAAGGAUUAUGAGACUGGAGUAAUGAUGCUAAAAAUUCAGCUUUGAAAUCACAGGAAUAAAUUCUAUUUUAAAAUACAUUCACAUAGAAAACAGUUAUUUUAAACCAUUAAAAUAUAUCAGAAUUUCACUGUUUUUGCUGUACUUUGAAUCAAAUAAAUGCAGGCUUGGUGAGCAGAAGAGACUUCUUUAAAAAAAAAACAAAAAAACAUUAAAAAUCUUACUGUUCAAAAACGUUUGACCGUGUGUAUAUAAAUAUAUAUAAAUAUAUAUAUAUAUAUAUAUAUAUAUAUAUAUAUAUAGAAUCUGACACAACCUUUCCAUCCAACAAGGCAAUACGCGUCCACUGGCUUUAAACUCGCGUCUUUCAAAUUAUGUAAAGCGAGUAAUGUUUGAUCCAAAGGGACAUACGUUAUUUGUACAACAUGUACAGCACUUUCCUGCUGCAGUGAUGAACUGCACAUCACAGUUAGAUCAACCGCACAGCGUCAAAGCACCUUUACAGAUGAGCUUUUAUAAAAGAGAACUUUUAUCGGCUUUUUGUGCUUCAGUGUUACGUGUGUCGUCCGCUCAUAAGUCGAAUGAUUAACAACGCUCAUCGGCUCUGUUUUUAAGGCUUUGUACUGUUCGCUCUGCAUACUGUCCAAAUCGUGGCCUCUCCAGGGAAGAAAAAAAUGCCAAAUACUAGUCAAAACUAGUAUAAUCUUUCACUGCUAUGUGUAGCUUUGGGGACAAAUUUAGUUCAGUACGGAAUAAUGCACGUGUCUGACUGUUCAGAGCAGUUUUUGGCAUUACUGACUGUUGUUAUAAUGCAGCCUGGUGCAAUAUUUAAAGAAAUAAAAUAUUACUCUAAGCAAGUGGAAGAGAAGGAGUAUGAUGAAACUGACCUUGCUAGGUUUCAGUCUUCAUAUAGAUACGUACAGUGCCGUUCAGAAGUUUCGGGUCAGAAAAUGUUUUUUUAGGGCUGUCAAAGGAUUAAUCGCGAUUAAUCGCAUACAAAAUAAAAGUUUGGGUUUGCCUAAUAUA